GCGUGGGGCUGUGAGCGGAGCGGGGGUGUCGGGAGCGUGGGCACGGCGUACCCCUCGGCUUGGGACAGCGGUGGGAGGGGGUGGCAGGUUUGCCCGUGGCCGUGGGUUGUGCCCGUGGCACGCGCUCUGCGAUGGGAUGCGACGUGUGCCCCUCGCUGCUCUCUGACUGCUGCAGGCUGCCGCCGGGCACACGGAUGGCGGCCGCCCCGACCCGCCGGGGACCGCUGGCUGCCCCGCACCGCUGGCAGCCGUGACGAGGACGGGGCCUCUCGGCGCUGCUUCGGAUCCUCCCUCGCUCCCGGUGUGGCCACGUUCGGCCUCGAAGCUGCCGUGAUGAACGGGCUGUCGAUCAGCCAGCUCUGCUGCCUCUUCUGCUGCCCCCCCUGCCCCAGCCGCAUCGCCGCCAAGCUGGCGUUCCUCCCCCCGGAGCCCACCUACGCCGUGGUCCCCGAGCCGGAGCCCAUCGGCAGCACCAGCACCGGGUCCCUACGAGGCGGCGCUGCGGGGCGGUGGAAGCUGCACUUGAAGGACCGGGCGGAUUUCCAGUACUCCCAGCGGGAGCUGGACAACAUCGAGGUGUUUGUCACCAAGAGCAGCCGAGGGAACCGCAUCGGUUGCAUGUACGUCCGCUGCGUGCCAGGAGCCAGGUACACGGUGCUCUUCUCGCACGGCAACGCCGUGGACCUGGGGCAGAUGAGCAGCUUCUACAUCGGGCUGGGCACGCGCAUCAACUGCAACAUCUUCUCCUACGAUUACUCGGGCUACGGCGCGAGCACGGGCAAACCCUCGGAGAGGAACCUCUACUCCGACAUCGACGCGGCGUGGCAGGCGCUGCGGACGCGGUACGGGAUCAGCCCGGAGAACAUCAUUUUGUACGGGCAGAGCAUCGGCACCGUGCCCACCGUUGACCUGGCGUCCCGCUACGAGUGCGCUGCCAUCGUGCUCCACUCCCCGCUCACCUCUGGCAUGAGAGUCGCCUUCCCCGAGACCAAGAAGACCUACUGGUUCGAUGCCUUCCCCAACAUUGAGAAGAUCUCCAAAAUCACCUCUCCCGUCCUCAUCAUCCACGGCACCGAGGACGAAGUCAUCGACUUCUCCCAUGGCCUGGCACUCUUCGAACGCUGUCCCAAAGCCGUGGAGCCCCUGUGGGUGGAUGGGGCCGGGCACAAUGACAUUGAACUCUACAGCCAGUACCUCGAGCGCCUUCGGAAAUUCAUCUCCCAGGAGCUGGCCAGCCAACGCAACUAGCCGCGGGGCGGAGGGCAGGGCAGGGUGGGGGUUGUCGCGUGUUUGUCCAGUUCUCCCAGCGCUCCCAGUCCCUGCUGCUGGAGGCACGAUGGGUUUGUACAGCCCCGGCCUCGGGAGCCUCGAGCGGACAGCGCGUUUCCUGCGGGACGCAGCACAGCUCUCCUCCCUCCCUGCGUCACCUGGUGCUGCUGGCACCCCCGGCUGGGCUCACUCCUCCCCCCCAAGGCAGAGCAGAGCCCCUCCUGAUGGUGAAUCUUCAGCUUCGGACACGUCCUCGUCCCCUCUCCUAAAACAACGAACUGUUGAGUUCCUCCCGGCUGCUCUGCUGCUCCCACUAUAGCAAUAAGGGGAGCUGGGCGGGGGGCAGCUGUGGGGUGAGCCCGUCCUCUGUGGCGCUGUGUGACGGGGGAGGGCACAGCUCCUGCUCCUAGCAGAGCCUUGCUGGGACGCGCUGGUGUUGCGGCAGAUGCCUGGUGCUGCUCCCUGUCUGGGGCAGAGCUGCCUCCCCGAGGGGAGGUUGGGGAUGCAUGGAGGAGGUGUCCCCCUGCCCCACACCCCUCCCUCCGCUCGGGCCCCGCUCUGCCCUCGGAGCGCUCCCCGUGUUCAGGUCUCCCUGUGACACUCGUCCCCUGCCACUUGCUCUCCGUCCUCUCAGAGAGCGGGGCGAGGAAACCGGGCACCGAAUAAAGAGCUGAGGUUUAGCGUUUUA